CCAGCAGGUCCCGUAACGCAGAAGAAAAAGAGAUAGAAGAACAGGUAACUCACCAGGCUGCCCAGGAGAUGCCCCUACAGACGCGCGCUCACGAUCCACCGUUGUAGAGCGGCCAGCCGUCGCCCCCGCAUCGGGUUCCGACAGCUCGCCCUCCGACCUCUCGUCCUCCGCACGCUGUGCAGAUGGCCUCCCGGUCCCAGGAGCCACAGGUCCUGCUGGUCUGUGCCUCUCACGGCACCAGACACGCUCACCGCCGUUCCUGGGCUCCGACCUGCAGCACUUCCAGCUGCCCUCCGCCCAGCUCCAGUCUUCCGCUGAUGCUGCUGCGGAGCCAGAGCACCAGACCGUCCAGGGGGCCCGCAGGCCGCAGCAGUAGACAGCCCAGCAGCCGCAGAACUCCCUGCUGCACUCCGUCCAGUGCCGAUCCCACGCUGCUGCCUCACGGGAGCUGGAGCCCCAGACUUCUCAGGGGGCCCGCCGGCCGCAGCAGGGGACAGCCCGGCAGCCGCAGCUGUGCGCCUCCCACGCAGGGCUCCCUCCCUGACCGGCACCUUGUCAGUGGAGGUGCCGCAGAUUCCUCUUCUGCCUCCAUGCUGUGCGGGCGGGGGGGAGGGGCUUCCCCCGCGCGAGGACCCGCCCACCGAGCUCCGCCAAUGGCGGGGAUUCCUCCCGGCUUCCCCGCUAGCAGAGGCAAAGGAGCGCCCUGCAAGCGGAGCCGGAGGGGCCCGAGCGGGGCUCCCAUGGUGGCGCUGAGCUCUGGGAGGAGGGGAGGGGAACCCGGGCUAAAGCGCUCCGGAGGCCUAGACCUCCGAGCACGUGGGCGCUCCCGCCCCCCUGCUGCAGGUGAUGAGCCCGGAUCCUGCAAGAGAUCCGAGACACGGCUCUGCAGCCAGUCCAUC